CCUCUAGAUCCACCGACGAGCGCGACCCCGACGGUGAAGACGACAAGCACGGCGGGCGUGACCCCGCUGGUGAAGCCGACGAGCGCGACCCCGAUGGUCAACACGAGGAGCGCGGCGGGCGUGACCCCGCUGGUGAAGCCGACGAGCGCCACCCCGACGGUGAAGACGACGAGCGCGGCGGGCGUGACCCUGCUGGUGAAGACGACGAGCGCGGCCCCAACGGUGAAGAAGACGAGCGCGGCGGGCGCGGCCACGCUGGUGAAGGCGACGAGCACGACCCCGACGGUGAAGACGACGAGCGCGGCGGACAUGACCCCGCUGGUGAAGACGACGACCGCGGCCCCAACGGUGAAGACAACGAGCGCGGCGGGCGCGACCACGCUGGUGAAGGCGACGAGCACGACCCCGACGGUGACGACGACGAGCGCGGCGGACAUGACCCCGCUGGUGAAGGCGACGACCGCGUCGGACGCCACUGCCACCAUCUCGCAGGCACCACUGGUGUCGAUGAAGAACACGGGCACAAAACGAGCGAGGAGGCCACCGUGGCAAGAGGAGUAUCAAGAACCUCCGCUCACUGAUUAUGAACUCUUUCGGAUGAAGAAGUGUCUCCGCAACAACACAUACAUGCACUCACUAGGACUUCCUGUGUUAGCGCAGCUCUGUAAGAACACUUUUGUUCCCCAGGAAAAGCAGCAGCAGAAAGACAAAGAAGACUCUGGUUCGGAGUACAAUGGUGAAGAUGAGGCUAACAAUGAUGCCCAUCUAAGUGAUGAUGACCUGGAACCUUCUACUGUAUCAUCUAAGAAGAAAGCAACAACAAACAAGAGAAAGAGAGGUGCUGACAAGGAACAACCUCGGAUGCAAUCUAGUAUUGUCACAAGGGGAAUGAAGAAACGUCCAGAUGAUGUUAGUGCAAUGAAUAUUCAGGCUGAUAUCCCUAAUCAGGCAGCAGAGGAAGCUGAUGCAGGUGAGCAAAAUGAGCAAGAACGCAAUGAGCUGAACCUGGAUGCCACUCCAAAUGGCGAAACAGUGAAUGAUGUCAAUGAAAAUGGAGAAACACAUGCUUCCAACGUUGCUGAAGAUGAACUACUUGAUGAGGAAGACAGGACAAGGGGACCUAGUAUUGGGAGAGAACUUGUUCAAAUGACUCGCUCGAGGAAGAAAAAACUUCCUUUGGUUAUUGAGCCAGGGAAGAGAAGACCAAAGUCGGUGAUGAUCGCUGCAAAAUUUGCAACGAAGUGCAACAUUGCAGUAAGACAAAUUGUUCCGAUAUUUCCACAUUGGAAGGAAUACAAGAAGUAUCCAAAGAUGAUCGACGCGUACAUAUCGAGAGUUGUUACAAAGUUUCAUACGGAUACAAAUUCAGUACCUGUGAAAAAAGCAUGUCUGGCUAUGAUGAAGGAAGCUGUUCGCCAGCAGCGCUACAAGCUAAAAAAGAGGUAUUUUGAUGCUUUCCCACUGCAUCAGGUGCCCAAAACUUCUCCUGUGGGUACUAUGACUGAUGUGCAAUGGGAUCAUCUUGUGGAACACUGGAAAAAGGAGGAAAAAAUGGUGACUUGUGAGAAGAACAGAGAGAACAGAAGCAAAGUGCAGUUCCAUCAGACCACUGGUUCUCGCAGCUAUGAAAUGCACAUUGUAAAUUUGGCGGAGAAGUACAAAAAUGAACCACCAAAUGCACUGGAACUAUUUAAAGAGACACACUACAGCAAAAAGAAAGGAUUUUCUCCUGCAGUUCAAUCUCUUGUUGUUGAAAUAGAGGACAACCUGAAUCAACCUGUUGAUGAAGCUCUUGAACCAAAGGAUGUCACUGAGGUGCUCUCUGAGGCUCUUGUUCAGAAAACUAAGAAGAACAGAUUUCUUGUAAAUGUGGGGCUGAAAAGCAGUGCUACCCGUGGUAGUGCUGAGUAUGACCUACAAGAGGAACUGGUGGUAGAGAAGCAAACUUCAAGUGACCUUAGGGAGAUUGUCAAGACUCAACAACAGCAAAUGGAUGAAAUGAUGAAGAAGUUGGAGGAAAAAGAAGCAGCUAUGGCUAAGAGAGAAGAGGAGUCGAAGAAAAGGGAAGCUAACAUUGAUGCACUAAUCAAGACUUUCAUGUCCAUGGUUCCAGGAGACCAAGCAACACAGUAAGGUUGGCUUGGUUCUUGCCUGGUGCACUUUGAUGUUCAUUGCAUGUUUUGGUGAUGGAUGCUGUGAUGUGAACUGGUGGCUCCAAGGUCUUUUGGUGGAAAUGAUGCAUGCUUGUGCAAUGGUGAGCUUAUGCGCAUGUGAACUGCAGCAUGGUCUUUGAGCUGUGCAUGCAUGGUUUUUUGUGAUGCAUGCAUGUUCUGUGAACUUAUGUAAGGUCUGAUGUACGCCUUUGUUGUGCCAAACUUUAAGUGCAGCUAUAUUGAGAUGUAUGUGGUGAUGGGACCUAUAAUUAUAUGUGAUGACAUAUUUAUGUUUAUUUGUGAUGAUCUGUGGUCAUCUGUGAUGA